AUGGGAGAUCCCUUGUACUCGGGAGAAUUUUACAUUGAUUCUGGUUUGCUUAUAAAGCCGGAACCUGGAAUUGACCAAAUGUGUACUUCAGCUAGUGUUCCCAUUCCUCAUAGAAGGAUGACGACGGAUUCAUCCGAGUUUCGAGAUUUUAAUUUUGACAUUAAUUCGGAUGUUUUAUCUUCGUCCGUAAUAAACGAUUCGAAUUGUGAAAAAACAUCCGGUUUGAUUGUAAAUGAAAAUAAUUUGUGGGACAAAACCGAGACGAGAAAUGAAAAUUAUAUUAAAAUGGACGAGGAAGAUAUAUUUCAAGUUGAUAAGGCUGAUCUUAUUCAGGGACCGACUUUGGCCGAAUUGAAUGCCAACGAUGACACUCUUCUGGGAGAUCUCAGUUUCGAUGAUCUUCUCCUUCCCGAAGAAUCCAAUUGUUUCGCAAACGUACCUUUUGUUGCCAUGGGACAGCAGGAUAUAAAUGCUCCCGCAGUUAACGUUACCGAUGGGCAAAUCACGUCACAAUCGCAUUUAUCAGUUAAUUCGCCAUUUGCUCCCUCGUCUUUUCCCCCGGCUGGUUUGGGGUUUUUAAAAGACGGUUUUAAUUCAUCUUCGAGCGUUCCUUCUAGUCCUCUCGAAUUAUACCUCCACGGUGCAACAUCCGCGUUGUCUCCGUCAAGUCAUAGUCAACACAGUUCUAGUUCUUCCAUACUCCAACCGCCACCCGAAUCCACUCCUCCUAAUAGCAUAAGUCCUUUGCAGAUUAAACACAGUACGCUUCACGAACUUCUCCUCAAAGAAUCCUUUUCCUCUCCCGAUAGGCUACAAUCACUCAUGGGAAGAUCGCCAAAGAGACCUUCGAGCCCAUCGGUAUGUGCUCCGACUAGUCCUAAAAUUUAUAACACUCGUUCAACAAGGCACAAUAUAUCUCGACUUUCUUCUUCUGCGCCGACUCAUCUAGGAUUAGAGCAAAUUUGGCAAAGGAGAGAACCUAGAAAACAUUUAUUGUCUACCGGGUCUCUUGCCGAAGGCGGUUCUACUUCUUCUAUAUCUAUGGGUGUGCUAAGCCCGGAAUCUCGCGAUUUUUCACAAGAUGAAGGUUCAGAAUCAGAAGAUGAAAGUGAUCAUUACGAAUACGAUAACGUAUCUAGCGAUGCCGAAUCGAGCGAUGGAGAAGGCGUUGGAAAAGAAAAAUUAUCAAAACAGCAGCUUUCUAAAAAAGAAAGAUAUUUCUGGCAAUAUAAUGUACAAGCAAAGGGUCCAAAAGGCCAAAGGUUAGUUUUAAAGACAAAACUGGAAGAUCCCCACGUACUGAACGAAGUCACAGAUCCGGUUUUCAGUCCAAGUUGUUCUGUCCGAGGAAUAAAACAUAGUGGAAAAGCGAGGAAAGGAGAUGGAAACGAUUUAACUCCGAACCCUAGAAAACUUCAUUUAAUCGGUAAGGAACUGGACAAACUUGGAAAAGUCAUCAACGAUAUGGCUCCCGUUUCUGAGCUGCCUUUUAAUGUCCGUCCAAAAACGAGAAAGGAAAAAAAUAAACUUGCAUCCAGGGCUUGCCGUUUAAAAAAGAAAGCUCAACACGAAGCCAAUAAAAUAAAACUUUACGGUUUGGAACAUGAACACAAAAAACUUUUGACGGGGAUCCAGCAAAUGAAACAGCUUUUGGUCGCCAAAGUUAAUACCACGGAAUCCAACGGAAGAGAUGAAAUUAACAAGCAUGCGGAUAAAGUUGUUAAAAAUGCUACCAAGGUUAGAAUCGCUGGUUACACGACGGAAUACGUUAAUCGAGUGUUGGACAAAGUCAGAUCUGGGAUUACCGAUGGCGGUCUCGACGAAUUUAAUUAA